UCCCAGAGCUGUUGUUGCUGUUGGGACUCGAGAGUGGGGAUGGGCUGGGCCUCUGUCCGUCCGACCCCCCUCAUGUGUGCUGCCCCAAACCUCGCCGCUCCCCAGUUUGGUAUUCUGUGUCCGGCCUGGGGUAGUAGCUGGACACCAGACUCAAUCUUGGGCUCCAGUUCCCGACUUUUCGCCUCCUCUGGGUCUGUCCUGGGCUCAGUAAUUAACCCGGGUCCCAGGGGUGUCGUCUUUUCACUCCAGGGUGGGGCGCUGCCUGUAAAUGCCAGGGAUCUUUUGCAGGGCUUUUCAUCCAGAUUUGCUUCAGGGUUGUCCGGGAUCGUUUUGGACUGGGCUCGGAACCGGUCCUGGAUACGUAGGUCGCUGUGGCACCAGCAUGCUCUGUAUCAUCUUUACUCACUUGAAAGCUUGCUGAAGCUGUUGUUGAAGUAAACUUAAAAAAAAAACUUGCUUAAGGAAAAUCAGUAGUUUAGACACCCCCUCCCCCCGCCUUUUUUUGCAGACAUACUAAAAAAAAAAAAGAUGCUUUUCUCUAAUCUACACUCUUAAUUCUUUUGGCUAUCUGAUGUCACAGUUGUAUGAUGAGUUCAUUCAGAGGCUGUACGAAUUGAUUUUAAAGAAUUGGACAGUUAUAUCCUUUCUCCCAAAGUUUGUUUACCUUCAUAUUUGGAACUGUCAUUUUUCUUAAGGAAAAAUUGUUCUUGGAUUUUCUUGAGAGAUUCCUUACACUGUUAAAAUUGUUGCUGCAAUGCAGAGUUUCACACAGGUGGGCAGAGAUGUUUUGUUUAAACUUAUUCCAUGAAGUGUUUACUUCGAAUAAACUGAGGAUUUCCUAGAGGAGAAAGUGAUGUAGGUAGGUUUAGUGAACAGAUUUUAGGUAAUAAACUUUACUGCUGAAAGGUUUGUAGGAAAUAUGGGUUUUCCACAAUAAAUGGUGAUUUAAAAACUUUUUAUAAGGGAAUGCAGUUACUGCAGAUUAUUGCUAUUAGCAGAUGGCCACUGUUUUUGCAGCGUAAAGUAUUCACAAAUCACCUUCUUGAAACCAGUGACACUAUCUGCACCUCUCAUCUUGUGUGUACAUUAGGAUUUAUACUGUAGUUUUUUGGGUACUUAUGUCAUUCUCUUUCCUCCCACUCCUGAAAGGGGAGGUGGUAUCAUGAAUCAGGAAAAAUAGACUGAAGUGACAAGUUCAGUGAGCUUUCCUAUGCAAAGGAAAAUUUAUUUCAAGGUUGUUGAUUUUGAACAGGCAAAGGGUAGAUGAUUUUUAAAGUCCUUGGAAAAAAUUGUGGAGAGAUUAGCUGCACAACUUUUCUUUUUCCUCUUCCUUUCUUUUCUUUUUUCUUUCUUUUCGAGACAGCCUCAUUCUGCUGCCCAGGCUGCAGCACAAUGGCACCAUCAUAGCUCACUGCAGCCUCCAACUCCUGGACUCAAGCAGUCCUUCUGUCUCAGACUCCUGAGUGGCUAGGACUAUAGGCACCAACCACCACACCUGGCUAAUUUUUUUUUUUUUGUAGAGCCGAGGUUUCACUAUGUUGCCCAGGCUGGUCUUGAACUCCUGGGCUCAAGUGAUCCUCCCAUCUCGGCCUUCCAAAGUGCUGGGAUUACAGUUGUGAGCCACCAUCCCCAGCAUAUUUGCACAACUUUUAAAUUUAGAUAGAAACUGUAGAUUCUUCCACAUGUGAAGUACUUAAUUAUUUAGAGCAUAAGAUUGGAAUAUUGGAAUUGAGAGAAUCUGGAAAAAUAGUUAAGUUAGAUGUAGUUACAGAUUUGCAGGUAUGACAAUGUAUUUUUAAGGGAAAUAUUUCAAGAGUUUUAAGAACAGAGAAAGGUGAUUGGGGAAAAUCAGAUACUGAUUGUAUUUUUAUAUUAUACAAGUCAAUUCAACAAACACUGAGCAUUUGCUAUGCAUCAAGCUAUGUUAGGCAACUAUGUAAGGAGCAAAUAAAGGUAUAGCCAUAACAGUUGAGUUUCAUGUUUUGGUAAUAAUUUCUGAAAUCAUGAAGAGUUGAGUUGUAUUCUUUAGGCAUACUAACAAUUUUUUUUUUUAUUGGGACUUAACAUUGGCGAUGGGUGUUGAGUGCUUCAUGAAAAGCGCUAUACUAGGCAUUUUAGGAUAUAAAGAUUAAACUUUUGGUUUUUAGGAAUUUGAAAUCUAGGAGGGGAUAUAAGAUUUGUGUAAACAUUUACAACAUAAACAUUUGUAAAUACUUAUGGGUGGUUUGAGGUAAAGUUUGGAGUAAAUUAUACAAAAGAAGAAAGGGUUCAUUUUUAGCUUAAGUAAUGGAAAAUUGUGGAGAUAGCUCAGAAGCUACUGUUUAUUGAGCAUUUACUGAACAGACUUAAUGCUAGUUGCUGUUUACAGCAUUUUCUUAGCUUCACAGCAAUAUGUAAGUACCUUAAUAAUGAGGACAGUGAGGCUCAAAUAUGUUAAGUUACUUGCCUGGGCUAUGUGGUUAGCAUGUAACAGCCCCAAUUUGAAUCCAAAUCUGUCUGGUGCCAAAGCCUGUGUGUUUCUACUGCAUCAUGUUGCUCCCCAAUAAACUGGUAACCUGAGUUUAAUGUUACAGAGAAUAAGACUUUUCUAAGACAAAGAUUUAUGGAUUGGGAGUAGGUGGGUGAAGAAGGCCUUUCAAAUAAAGAGAAUGAUGUGAGCAGAAGUGUGGAGGUGGGAAAGUUCAUUGUGUACUUGGAGAAAAGUUAGUGGACCAGAUUACCUGGAAUAUACUGUUCAUUUUUGGGAAUUAGAGAUGAGGUUUGAAUUUUAAGUGGGGGCAGGAUUGUGGAGCAUGUUUAAGUGCUGCUUUUAGAAGUUUGACAUUUGGGGAAAAAAAGUUCGACGUUUGGGAGGUAAUGAGAAGUUACCAAGGUCUAAUAGAGUAGUAUGCAGAAUGAUUUGAUGUGGAAAGCUUUCAAUGUAGUAUAAAUACUGGGCAAGGGCAGUGGUAAUGGAAUUAGAGUGAAGGCUCUGCAGGACCUCAAUGUCGUAGGUGGGUGGUGAGGAGGAGGGGAUUUUUGGAGCAGGUUUGGAGGAGAUGGAAGGUGAAGAUUACACUUUUGUUUUUGAGACAGAGUCUAGCUUUGUUGCCAGGCUGGAGUGUGGUGGCGUGAUCUUGGCUCACUGCAACCUCCGCCUCCUGGGUUCAAGUGAUUGUCCUGCUUCAGCUUCCCGAAUAGCUGGGACUACAGGUGCUCACCACCACGCCCAGCUAACUUUUUGUAUUUUUAGUAGAGACGGGGUUUCACCAUGUUGACCAGGAUGGUCUCCAUCUCUUGACCUCGUGAUCCGCCUGCCUCAGCCUCCCAAAGUGCUGGGAUUACAGGUGUCAGCCACAGCGCCCAGCUGAAGAUUACACUUUUUAAGUGUCGGUGGUACUCUUACUAGAAAUACGGGCAAGGAGAAAUGACCAUUAAGAAGUAGAUGCCCAGAUGCAAAAGUGAUGAAACAGUCCAUUUGUCAUAAAGUAAGAUGCAGCUGUGGCGUGUCAACCAGCUUGGAACAAAAUUGUAUCUGUUUUUCUCAGAAGAGAAUUCCACAAGGAGAUUUUCUUCUUUCUACCGGCAUCAAGAUCAAGCAGGCAAGUUUACUUGCUGUCAUCUUCUACAAGGUUAAAUCAGCAAACAAAGAAAACAUGGUAUUUUGAAAUAUGAUUAAACUCCUGAUGCUGCAGCAGAGGCUAAGAAUAUUAAUGGCCAGAUCUAGUGCACACAUGGUCUUCUGAAGAAGCCAUGGGUAGCUGUUGUAGCUGUCCAGAUAAAGACACUGUCCCAGAUAACCAUCGGAACAAGUUUAAGGUCAUUAAUGUGGAUGAUGAUGGGAAUGAGUUAGGUUCUGGCAUAAUGGAACUUACAGACACAGAACUGAUUUUAUACACCCGCAAACGUGACUCAGUAAAAUGGCACUACCUCUGCCUGCGACGCUAUGGCUAUGACUCGAAUCUCUUUUCUUUUGAAAGUGGUCGAAGGUGUCAAACUGGACAAGGAAUCUUUGCCUUUAAGUGUGCCCGUGCAGAAGAAUUAUUUAACAUGUUGCAAGAGAUUAUGCAAAAUAAUAGUAUAAAUGUGGUGGAAGAGCCAGUUGUAGAAAGAAAUAAUCAUCAGACAGAAUUGGAAGUCCCUAGAACACCUCGAACACCUACAACUCCAGGAUUUGCUGCUCAGAACUUACCUAAUGGAUAUCCCCGAUAUCCCUCAUUUGGAGAUGCUUCAUCCCAUCCUUCAAGCAGACAUCCUUCUGUGGGAAGUGCUCGCCUGCCUUCAGUAGGGGAAGAAUCUACACAUCCUUUGCUUGUGGCUGAGGAACAAGUACAUACCUAUGUCAACACUACAGGUGUGCAAGAAGAGCGGAAAAACCGCACAAGUGUGCAUGUUCCAUUGGAGGCGAGGGUUUCUAACGCUGAAAGCAACACACCAAAAGAAGAACCAAGUAGUAUUGAGGACAGGGAUCCUCAGAUUCUUCUUGAACCUGAAGGAGUCAAAUUUGUUUUAGGGCCAACCCCUGUUCAAAAGCAGUUAAUGGAAAAAGAGAAACUGGAGCAACUUGGAAGAGAUCAAGUUAGUGGAAGUGGAGCAAAUAACACAGAAUGGGACACUGGCUAUGACAGUGAUGAACGAAGAGAUGCACCCUCUGUUAACAAACUGGUGUAUGAAAAUAUAAAUGGGCUAUCUAUCCCUAGUGCCUCAGGGGUCAGGAGAGGUCGUCUGACAUCCACCAGUACCUCAGAUACCCAGAAUAUCAACAACUCAGCUCAGAGAAGAACUGCAUUAUUAAACUAUGAAAAUCUACCGUCUUUGCCUCCUGUUUGGGAAGCCCGCAAGCUAAGUAGGGAUGAAGAUGACAAUUUAGGACCAAAGACCCCAUCUCUAAAUGGCUACCAUAAUAAUCUAGAUCCAAUGCAUAACUAUGUAAAUACAGAGAAUGUAACAGUGCCGGCAAGUGCUCACAAAAUAGAAUAUUCAAGGCGUCGGGACUGUACACCAACAGUCUUUAACUUUGAUAUCAGACGCCCAAGUUUAGAACACAGGCAGCUUAAUUACAUACAGGUUGACUUGGAAGGUGGCAGUGACUCUGACAACCCUCAGACUCCAAAAACGCCUACAACUCCCCUUCCACAAACCCCUACCAGGCGCACAGAGCUGUAUGCCGUGAUAGACAUCGAGAGAACUGCUGCUAUGUCAAAUUUGCAGAAAGCACUGCCACGAGAUGAUGGUACAUCUAGGAAAACUAGACACAAUAGUACUGAUCUGCCCAUGUGAGCCUGGAAAGCAUUAUGUUGUUUGCACCUUUGUGAAGUUUUUAAAAAUGAAGAUGCAAGUGCUUCAUUUUCAUUUCUAAACACUAACUCCUUUUAUAGACUGAUAAAAUUUUUUUCUGAAUAUUUCAUGUGCAUCUUUAACUAAAGGGAAUUAAUGUAGAGCAGGUACUCCUUAAAGAACACUAAUUUCAUUAUAUACUACUCGUUGUACAGCAGCAUUCCCGUUUUCACAGUGCCUAUUUAAAAUGAGAGUUGAAGUAAAUGACAUGCUGGUUGAUUUUUAUCAAUAUUCUGGACUUAACGCAUAUCUUUCAUGUCUAAGUCAUGGUUGGCUUUUAAAACUUUUUAUAAAGCCUCUUGACAAUGUACAUUGCUAACAGGUAACUAUAGGCUUUGAAAGUAAUGCUCGUAGAUUCAGUGUUCACAGUAUGUGGCCUCCAGCAUGUAACAUGAGGAAUCCUUUAUUUCAUUAAUUAAUGGCUUUUUGACUUGAGCCAAAACAUAUGUAAAGGAAACAGAAGUACCGCACCUCCUCUUACACCAGUCAGCUCCUUUGCCUUCAGUGUUACUAGAAAGCGGCCUGUGUCCAUGAGUGUGCUUUGCUGUUGGUGCACUGAAAGGCAGGAAGGAGACAAGAUUUUCUAUUUACUCAUCUCAUGAUGUCAUUUGAAGGGCAUGUCCAGAUAUCUUAAAAUUAUAAUAGGCUCAAGAAUCAGUCUCAGGUCACUUUAUCCAAAAACAUUUGAAAAUCUGAACCACAAUCUCCUGAAAGUUUUUCUCCUAUAGAUUAUUGACAACACAUUGUUUUCUGGAGGCAUUUGUGCCAUUAGGUUUCCAUUUAUCUUCAGUUUUUUUCUUUGGUGUUUGGGAUGUCUUAUUUUGUUGCCUUAUGUCCUUUUCAAUUUAAAAUGUUUGAGUUUGUAUAUAGUUUUGAAAUUGGAUUAUGUGUUCAUUGUUGUUUAGUUUGCAUUUUUGUCAAAUUAUGGUUUUGAAGGUUCAUUUGGAACUUACUGUUAUUCUGUAACAGGGUUGCCCUUGUCCAGUAUUUAUUUAUAUGCUGUUUACUUUUCAAGUUGAUAAAAACAUUCUCCAAUUCUAAAUUUGCUUGUGUCCAUAGGUGAUCUCUUUAGCAAACUGAGAAAAAAAGGAAGAUACUUUUAACAUGCAAAGUUCCCUCAAGGUGUACCGUGUUUUCUCUGUGGGCACUCUUCCCCAGCACUUUAGCAGUAAUUCCCCCAGCUACACGCUGCAGUUGUACUCUGCCCACUCUAGUGUUCCUCAGCUCUGCUGUCCUUUUACUUGUAGCUGGAUCUUUGAUUAUCCUUCGAUUUCCAUGAAAUAUUAAUACUGUUGCCAGCAUAGCAGGUACAGUGGAAGUCUUGUAGCAGUGAGAUUGUAUCAUAAUUUAGGAUUUAAAAUGAAUUAAAGUUUAUAUAAACUGAAGAGUCUCCAUAUGUCAAACUCUUGGAAAAUCAAAGAUGUUCCAAUUUCCUAAACACUAGAGAAUACGAGAGAAGGUAGAGUGGAAAAGGUUAGGUAACCUUGCAAAAUAUUUUACUAUUUUCUCUAAAUAUGAGGAAGUUUGAGAUUAUGAUCUGGUUCUACCAGAUAUAACUAAGGUUAAUUUAGCAUGAAAAAGUUUUAGUCAUAUUAGCAUCCAACCUAUUCAGUAACCGAAUCAUAGGACAAUGAUGGAUUAGGAGAACAAUAGAGUGGGAUCAUUAUAAAGAAAAUAAAUUAUUAAAGGUGUCUUUAUCGUUUUCAGUGCCAUUUUUAGUGUCUUUACUAUAAAUCAAUAUCAGUGUAUUUUAUCAUUCUGUGUGCAUAGCAGAAUUUUCUUUUCUCCCUUUUGUUCCCCUGUGAACUUGGUGCUUAUUAAAGUGUUCACUGUUCUCUUAAAAGAGAGCAGUGGUAUAGGUGUGCAGUUUCCGUGAUGCAGGUUCCAUUUUUAAUAUAUUGUUCCACUUAUCCUUUCUUCUGAGUAAAUUGCUAAUUGUGCCAAAUUUAUGUAAUAGUUUUUGUAAUGUGGAAUAAGAAUUAUGAUGGAACCAUUGCACAGUUUUUUCUGAAACAGCCAGUCAAGGCAGAACAUUAAUCUCCAAAUGAAAGGGCUGAUCUAUUUAUUCAUUUUGGAGGUUGGGUACUUUAUCCUUUCUUUCUGUCAUCCUUUUCAUUGUUUCCUCCGGAUUCUAAUUAGUUUUUAUUUUUUUUAGGUAACUCCAAUAUAAUCAUUACAGUUUAUGCUUUAAAUACUAUGUGCUUUAAAAAGGAAAAUGGGACCAAUUUGUCUGCUAAGAAUUUGAUUUUAGGUACUAUAAGAGUAUUAGGAAAAUAUAUACAACUGGUGUUAAUUUCUAGAUAUUUUCUAGAAAUCACUUGUGUUCCUAUUUAAUAAAAGGUAAUUUAGAAUACUACUUGUCCUUUGCAGUAGUUUAGUAAUGGGCAUUAAGCUGUGUCCUCGAAGGAUGUACCUAUUACUAGGUGCAUUUUAGAAUGAAAUAUUGAUAUUUUAUUAGCAUAUAAUUGUGGCCAUAUAUCUCAGAUUUUCUGAGGCAGAUCUAAUUUUAGAUAAUUCUGUUGGUAGACCAUGUGAUCCUUCGUUUUGGUUUUGGAAAUAUAAUCAUUGUUAAUGUUUUCCCUCCAAAUAGAAUACUGUUUUAUCCAUACAAAUCAUAACAGCAUCUAUCCCAUGCCAGGGUUGGAAACUGAUAUUGGUAUUACUUGUGUUUUUUCUUAGUGUGUUUUAUUUCCCAGUUUCAUCUUCUUUUAAAAAUGAAAAUAUGGUGCCUUCCCUCCCUCCAGGAAGACUGGCAAAUAUUUCCUUUUAUUUACUGCUGCUGUGGAGUGAUGAGAUAUGCACUUUACUCUUUAAGAUUCAGCAAAAAGCUUUUCACUUCUCAGUAUAUCCAGAAUACAUCAUAUCUGGGACUUAGGAAAAUUUGCCAAGCAAUCUUUGUUUUUAUAGAUACUAAUGUUGACCCUCUCCAGCGUUCAAUGUUAUAAAUAGAACAAGUCAAGCUAGUGUUUGUUUAUCUCCUCCCCCUCCCCAAAACUGUGGCACAGCAUAUAAAAAUGUACCUCAAUAAUGUUCUAUUAAAAAUGGGACAGGGGCCUUAUGUUUUCAUAAUUUCCCAACAAUGUGCCGCCAUAUUUUUGCCUCAAGGUAAAGGUUUUAACAGAUGAAAAAGUACUUCCCAAUUCCCCCGUGCUAUUCCUAACCUAUAAUGCCCAAAUGUUUUGUGCAAUGUGUAGUGUGUGUGUAUAAAUACAUAUAUUCUUGAAAUAGACAUACCAUCAGAGACAUCAUUCACAAGUAACUGAUGUAUUGGCAUCUCAUUCAUAUUUCUGAUGUGUGAGGUAUAUGGUACUAAUUACCUUUUCCUUGAUGUUUGCCAAAUUUGAAUAAAGGCAUUGGUACGAAAUUACAGAAUGUAAAGAAAAUGUUUUUGGCUUGAAAAAUUAACAAAUAUUUUAUGACGUACCACAGUAUACUCUGCCCAAACCAGCACCCUAUCUAUCUUUCCUGUUCUUUACAUCCCUGUUCCCCAUCCCUACUUCCUCAUUUUUUUGGGGUAUAACACAGUUCUUUUGUAGCAUCAUUAUAAUUGCAGUUCUAUGGCAAUUGGACAGUUAUAGCAUGGAAACAGACUGGUAUAAAUAGUACAGUAGUCACCAGUGUGCCACAUUUGCAUUAGUAAUGCAAAAUAUACAUUUUAUAAAGGACAAACUUUGUGUUAUGUUUUAUUUUCACUACAUUGUAUAAUAUUGUAAGACUAUUGUAUGUCCUAAUUUGCAUUAUAAAUGUUUUUUUCCUACGUAAAGGCAUAAAUAUAGCAACUUUGUAUAAAGGUAGCUUAUUAGAUUUUUAAUUUUUUCUUUUAUAAAAAAUUGUCUAACAGUGGGACUACCAUUGCCAAAUUGUAUAUGAAAUAUGAAUUUUACCCCCAUGGUUAAUUUCUUUUAUAAACAUUCCAUAUUUCUCUAAUAAAAAGACAUAAGUGAUACUGUACUAUGCAUACAUUGUAUCUUAAUGCUGUUUCAGAUCAGCAUUUUAAAUUUUGGUUUGCAUUUUUAAUAUUGGCAAAACGUAACCACUGUUAAUUAAAAUAAAACCUUGUUGUAUAUGUAACAACAUAAUUUGCCCUCUAUCCCUUCCCACCCUUUGUUCUCUAUUUCUCCCUAUCAGUGCCAACUUCAUACAUUUUGUAGCAUGGCAAUAAAAUAUAACUUUUACACUGAGGCCGAGUGUGGCUUUUUGGAGGAAGUGGGGAUGGGACGAUUGCCCUCUAGUUGUCCUUUGCAUAUGACUGUUUUUUGCCAUAUAAGCCAUGUCAUCAGGCAUGAAAAGUUUUCUCAUAUAUGAUGUAAACUUGCUUUUAAGGACAAGUGUGAAUGUGCUUUUUAAGCUUAAUUUUUGUCAUGACAAAUAACUAAUUUUUUUUAUCUUUGGAGAAGUCAGAGUUCUUUACAAUCAAACGUUUAUUAACUGGAGUACUUAGAGCUAGUAAUUGAAUUUAGUUCAAGGGCUAAGCAACACAUUUUUAAAUCCUUAUUUAUUGUAGAGUAUUAGUAUACUGUCCUACAAAUUAUGUAAAAUAUGGUUUAAUAUUAGAUGACUUUGGAUUUUGCAAUGCCUUACUGUUGUCAUUCUAGCAUAAAUAUCCAUGAUGAGGUACUCAAGUUGAUACUGGAAGCUGAGCUGAUCAUACACUGACCUGAAGCAUUCAUGAAAAGCUGCUUUGUUGAAUAAAGUCUGAUUGGAGUUCUUUUCAUGCUCACUUUCCCCUUAUUGCUGAAAGUAGAUUGCAAUAAAACCCCAAUAAAACGUUUGGUUGGAUAUCUA